GUUAUUGCUAAAAAAAACUUUCCAUAUAAGUGCGUCAUAACUGUAAAUAAAACAAUAGUCUGAUAACACAUACGGUAGAUAUUUAACUUGACAAGAAAAAGAUACCAGUUGCCUAGAUAACAAUACUGAUAACAACAUUGAUAAUUCAUUUAAGCUUUUAAAUCACAAGAGAACGACUGAUAAAAUUAAUUGUCCAAACAAGUUGUGUUAAUGUUAAAUGAAACUUUGACAAUUGAGGUUAAAAAUAUUUGUUUUUAAAAUGUGUAUAUUAUUUAUUUAUCGUAAUCCAAAUGCAGACUCAUCAUCAUAUCGUCUUAUCAUUGCAACAAAUCGUGAUGAAUAUUAUAAUCGUCCAACAAAGUCAGCUCAUUUUUGGGAUAAUCAUGCAAAUUGUCUUGGUGGAACUGAUGAAGAACCAGGUAGACAAGGUGGUACCUGGCUAGGAUUAUCAAAAAAUAAUAAAAAACUUGGUAUAUUGUUGAAUUUAAAAGAAUCUCAACCUGAAGAUUCAACUAAUUCACCUGCCACAUCAAAAAAAGGUCGUGGAUUUAUUGUUAAUAAUUUUAUCACAUCUAGCAAAUCAGCAACAAAUUAUUUAAAUGAGUUAUAUGAUGAUCAUAAAACUAAACAAUCAUAUAAUUCAUUUACUCUGGUUACUGUUAAUUUUUCAAAUAUUGAUGUUAAUUAUUUUAGCAAUUCAAUUAAGACACAAGGUCCAGAAAAAUGUGAUGAUGUAAUUAUUGGAUUUGGUAAUAGUGUUUACAAUCGACCAUAUAAAAAAGUAACAAAUGGAAAAGAAAUUUUUAAAUCUAUUGUUAAUAAUGCCAAAGUUCAUGAAGAGGAUCAACUUAUUGAAAAACUUUUUCAAUUUUUACAAUUAAAAGAACAACAUUUGCCAGAUGAAGAGUUAGAAUCAACUCAUCCAAAUGAAUUUGAACGACUUAGCUCAAUAUUUAUUAAUGGCAAUGAAAAUUAUGGAACAAGAACUCAUACAUUAAUUUUUCUUGACACCAAUAAUCAUCUGACAUUCAUUGAAAACACAAAAGAAAAUGAAAUUUGGAGUCAACAACGUUUCGAUAUGCUCUUGUCUGUCUAAAAAAAAUUAUUACUAUUUUUUUUUUUCCAUUUUAACUAUUGUUUUAAUGACUAAUUUAUUGUCAUAAAAAUUAUGAAAAUUAUAUGCUAAUUAACUGCCAAUAAUUUGAUUUAUUUUAAUGAAAAAAAAAAAACAAACAAAUGUCAAUUGAAUUUUAAAAAU